GUCAGUUUUUAUAAAUAUGAAUUUUCUCCUUAAAUGAGGCUUUACUUUUAACCUUUUUUGUUACUUGGCUAGCGACGUUUUAAGCUCAAAGGAAAACAAAGUUUCCUCGCUCCUUCGUGUCGCUUUUCUGCUAACUUUGGUUUAUGACAGCCUUUUUCUGUGGAGAAUAGCACUAGCACUUCUGCUUGGACUUUCUGCAGUAGGAGGUGGGGUCUUCUACUUCCUGGACCACCUUAUGGAAGCACGGGUUGCUAAACCCAUUAAGAAGUGGACCUUGUAGACUUCUUCGCUUGUAAUCUUCGAAACUCUUGGAGCAACAAUGGCUCUUCGCAAUGUGUCUGCAUGCUUGCGUAACAUCCGCUUGGUUCCAAACACAAAGGAAGCCCUGGCAAAUCCAAGACUGCUCCAGCACCCAGUGAUAUCUCAUUCAUUCUUACGUGAGAUUUCCUGCUCUCGUAUAAUACAAAAUGCCCAGUGCACUGGAUCAUUCUGUCUUUUACCUCAAAGACGACUAAAACCAAAGCCCAGUGGCCUUCGCUACAUAUCACACUCCAGUCCUGUCUGUAAAGUUUUUGAAGUGUCCAAUAAUGAUGACUUUAUGGAAAAGGUGAUGAACAGCAAUGUUCCAGUGAUUGUCAAUUUCCAUGCUGAUUGGUGUGACCCAUGCAAGAUACUGACACCUCAGUUACGAGAAAUAGUUGAGAAGACAGAGGGAUUGGACUUGGCUAUCAUUGAUGUGGAAGAUAAUGCAGAACUUGUUCAUACAUUUGAAGUGAAAGCAGUCCCGGCUGUACUUGCAAUUAAACAUGGAAGAGUUGUUGACAAAUUCAUUGGCCUCCAAGAUGCUGAUCAAAUUGAAGGCUUGGUUGCAAAGGUUGCCAAAAUGGCAGCCUCCACUACUGAUGACCAAAAAUAAUUUGCUACUUCUCCAAAUGCUGCUCACAUCGUACAAUUUAUUUGUGAUUCAAAUAGUCUUCUAUAGAGGUAUGUGGGACAAAGUCAAAUUAUUCCUGUACCAUUUGUUUUGCACAAUAGAGAGAAUUUCUGUUUUUUUUUGCUAAUGUAGCUCUGGGGUAAGCUCUGCAACAACUUAGAUAUUGGUAUUUGUCAGUAAUCCUCUGUAAAGUCAAUUAUCUAAUCUGAAAUUGUACCUUCAAGGAUUGUUGUGAUAAGUUAUAUACAUUCCUCUGAAUUUUUAACACCUUGGAAAUAAUUGUUUUAGGUAUACCUGGUUGAGGGAACUGAUAGAAAGACACUUGAGCGGUAAGGUGCUAGUACCUCAUAGGUUUUUAAUGCUAUUAGUUUUUAAUUGAAGUUUCUCUCUAGCAUUGUAGCCAGUCAUCGUGCUGCAGUGCAAACACAAAUUAUGGUUGUGUACAGUGAGAGUAUGAAUUUUUAACUGGUCCCAGCACAUGUGUUUGCGGACUGGUGAUCUAGUCAGUCUCACAACCUAGCUCACAAAGAUGUGCAAUGAAGUUACUUAAUCUUGAUGUGCUAUGAAAGGAAGGUGAAGAAUUAUGUUAUCUAAAAGCAUCUUCUCUCUAAAAAAGAAAAUAUACGUUCUAGAGAUAUUUAGAAAUGCCUUAAAAAAAAACUCAUAGUUAUAGUAUGUACUCAAAUUACUGUUUGAAUGUUUAACAAUAUGAUGAAUUGUUGUGUCUGUUGUUUAACUAGGCAUGCUCCAGUCCGUCUAUUCUGACAAUAAUUUUGUCUCCUUUAUGGUUUUGUUUGAGAGCAGAUGUUCUUUAAAGAUGCAUGUUACCUCAUGUUCAUCUGUAAUAUUACAUUGUCCAUUAACUGUCAUGUUAGUUGUUUUUCUUAAUAAAUGUUGUGUGAUAUUUUCUUGCCUUCAUCUUAAAAAGAUUGUGUGUAUCUAUUAUGUUUCUCUACUCAAGGCUAUGUUGUUAGCAGUCAGGCUUCUGUGAGGCUGUUGUCACUUUUCAUAUCCCUAAGUAAGAAAUAAUUAUUUUAAUCGUCUAUGGCUGUUUGGGAUGUCUCUUGUUAUGGUUUGUCUUUAUCAGAAGAUUACUAUGAGAUUAUCUUCUAAUUAUGAUUUGAUAUUUUAUUCAAUCAUAUCCAACUCAAUUUUGGUGAAUUAAAUAGAAUCAGUGCUUUUCAAAUUGCUCUAUCGGAUAUUUUAGAGAAGUUUCUCAUUAAGUAGUGUGUAUACUAAUUUAUUAGACGUAUGAAUGAUACUCGGCAUUUGCAUGUUUUACUUAAAUACUUGAACUUUAAAAGACUAUUGUAUUGUAAGCUUGAUUUGGUGCCACCAAAAUAAUAUGCAACUGAACUUA